AUGGCGCUGUUCGGGACUUCAGACGCCUUGAUGUGCCGGGCGUUCCCGACGACCUUGCGAGGACCAGCCCGUGCAUGGUACAGCGGCCUGAAGUCAGGAACCGUCGCCUCCUUCGACCAGCUCGCCAAGGAUUUUGAGCUUAACUUCCUAGCGUACGCCCGACCGAAGCCAUCCAUGGCGUUGCUCCUAGGGCUCAACCAGAAGGAGGACGAGCCCCUUUCUCACUUUGUGAACCGGUUUACGACGCAAAUCCGUGGAUUACCGGAUGCUCACCCCUCUCUCUUGAUGCAGGCCUUCAUGACUGGUCUGCGGCCCUCCAGGUUCUUCUGGUCGCUUGUGGAGAGACCCCCCGUCGCGGUCCCUGAGAUGCUCCAACGGGCCAGCCAGUUCGUCGCCGCAGAAACCUGGAUGAUGGGAAAGCGAGAAGAACACAGAAAGGUCAAGUCGGAGCCGCCCCGACAGCAGCAACCCACCACCUCCCGGCGAAAGCUGGACAGGCCUGACCCUAGGCCCCCUCUUCCCGCCCUGAACUCUUCCCGGACGGAGAUAUUCCUACACGAAAAGGGGAAGGGGCUGCUCAGGGACCCCCACCCCAUGAAGAACCCGCGAGAGCUCGCAGAUCACUCAAAGUACUGCCGAUUUCAUCGACAGCACGGGCAUGACACGGAGCAGUGUUACGAGCUGAAAAGACAAAUCGAGGAGCUCAUCCUCAGAGGCCAUCUCGGCCAGUACCUCCGGCCGAGCAAAGAGCAGUCUCCUCGUCCGGAGGGCCCUGUUGAGCGACACAUCGAUGUCAUAGCUGGGGGCCCCGCAUCCGGAGGAAGUUCUAUGUCGGGCAGGAAGGCCUACGCCCGGGCCGCCCCCGACGAAGCCUCGGGACGUGAGCCUGAGCCCGAGAUCACCUUCCCAACCGGAGCCGCUGAGCGACCCCACCACGACGACGCCCUGGUAAUAUCGGCCAGGGUAGCCAACGCGCAAGUAAAAAGAAUCAUGGUCGACACGGGGAGCUCGGCCGACAUACUCUACUUUGGCGCCUUCCAGAAGCUGGCCCUAGCUAGGGAAAAUUUAAGCACUAUGUGUUCGGCACUCACCGGCUUCACGGGAGAUUCGAUAUCACCUCUAGGAGCCAUUACCCUCCCUCUGACUCUGGGAACCCCGCCGAAAUCAAAGACGGUCAUGACCACCUUUCUGGUAGUCGACCUUCCCACCGCUUAUAAUGCCAUACUUGGCCGGCCAACCCUCAACAAGGUCAGAGUCGUCGUCUCGACCUACUACCGGACCGUCAAGUUCCCGACUCGGGAGGGGGUCGGGGAAGUCACCGGAAGCCCCCAAGAGUCCAGGCGCUGCUACCUUACCUCCGUCUCAUUGGGCAAAAGGGCCAGGGGAGAAUCGCCUCUAGAAGAUCCCCGGGAGGCAAAGAGGCCGGCCCCUCACCCUGGGCCGAGGGGAUCCACUGCUGACAUCCCCUUACGGGAAGCACGGUCGGAUCAAACGGUCAAGGUCGGCUCAGAGCUACCCGAGCGAGAACUGGAACAGCUCGUCGGCCUUCUACGGGAGAAUGCCGACAUCUUCGCCUGGUCCCCAUCGGACAUGAAGGGAGUCGACCCCAAGGUCGCGGAGCAUCAUCUCAACAUCCCACCUGACGUCCGACCGGUAAAGCAAAAACCCCGUCGCCACGCACCUGACCGGCAACGUGCCAUACAAGAGGAGGUGGGCCGACUCUUGGCGGCAGGCUUCAUAGAAGAGGCCAAGUAUCCGCAGUGGUUGUCCAAUGUAGUUCUCGUGAAAAAACACAAUGGAAGCUGGAGGAUGUGUGUUGACUACACUAGUCUCAACAGUGCGUGUCCUAAAGACUGCUACCCCCUCCCGAGGAUCGACCAGCUGGUUGACGCAACAGCAGGGCACGCGCGCCUCUCUUUCAUGGACGCCUAUUCAGGAUACAAUCAGAUCAGAAUGGUGCCAGAAGACAGGGAACACACGGCUUUCCUCACCGAUCAAGGGAUAUACUUUUACAGGGUCAUGCCGUUCGGGUUGAAAAAUGCCGGAGCUACAUAUCAGAGGACAGUAAACAAUAUGUUUGCCCCCCAAAUCGGGAGGAACAUGGAAGUCUACGUGGACGACAUGAUUAUGAAAAGCAGAGAGGCCGGGACACACCUGGCCGACCUAGCCGAGGCCUUCGACAUGCUACGCAAGUUCGGCAUGCGGCUAAACCCCACGAAGUGCGCUUUCGGCGUCACCUCCGGGAAAUUCCUGGGGUUCAUUGUACACCAGAGAGGAAUCGACGCCAACCCGGAGAAAGUACAGGCAAUAAUCGAUAUGCAGUCCCCCCGGACAGUUAAAGACCUGCAGCGACUCAAUGGCAGACUCGUCGCCCUGUCUCGCUUCCUCGCCCGAUCGGGCGAUCGCUGCCUCCCUUUCUUCAAGGCGCUCAAAGACCCGAAAAACUUCCAAUGGACGUCGGAAUGCGAGGAGGCUUUGAAACAGAUGAAGCAGCACUUGGCCACCCUCCCUCGACUCGCCUCUGUCUUCCCCGACGAAAAGCUAGGGCUCUAUCUGGCGGCCUCCCCGUACGCGGUUAGCUCCGUCCUUGUCAAGGAAAUCUCCGGCGCACAGCUCCCGAUCUACUACGUCAGCCACGUCUUGAGUGGACCUGAGGAGCGUUACCCGCCGAUAGAAAAACUCACACUCGCCCUGGUGCUCUCAGCCCGGAAGUUGCGCCCCUACUUCCAGGCACACUCGGUGGAAGUCGUCACCGACCAACCUCUCCGGCAGAUCUUAACAAAGUUCGAUGUUGCAGGUCGGCUUCUCCGAUGGGCGGUGGAGCUCGGUGAGCAUGACAUUAGCUACGUACCCAGGACCGCCAUCAAGGCCCAGGCGGUAGCCGACUUCAUCGUGGAGCUAGCUCGGGUGGGCAAAGACCUCAAGCGAACUCCCGAGGCUUGGACCCUACACGUGGACGGCUCGGCCAACUCCGGGGGCGCCGGAGCUGGGCUGGUCCUUCUCGCCCCCGACGGACGCUCAUUCGAGCGCUCCCUCCGCUUCGGGUUUAAAGCCACCAACAAUGAGGCGGAGUACGAAGCCCUCCUACCCGGAUUGAGGCUGGCCCUCGAGAUGCAGGUGGCCGCAAUACACGUCCUCACUGACUCGCAACUCAUGGCCGAACAGCUCAGCGGAGGAUACGAGGCUCGUGACGCAACCAUGGCCAAAUAUCUGGCACGGGUAAGGGAUCUAACCACGAAAUUCCCUUACUUUACAUUAUCUAACAUCCCGAGGGAGGAGAACGCACGGGCCGACGCGCUCGCUAAGCUGGCGUCGAGACGAACCCCCGAAGCGUGGUCAGAGAUAGAGGAGCUUCCCGCUCAUGCCAUUGAGGUAGCUACCACGGCCCCAGGCAGUACGCAGACCACGUGGGUGCAAGAGCUGCUGCGCUUCAAGCGAGAUGGAGCCCUCCCCCUCGACGAAGUCGCAGCUCGGCGUCUGCGCCGCACACACGCUUGGUACACCGAGGAAAGUGGCCGGCUGUACAGACGAUCCUUCACCUACCCCCUCCUAAGGUGUUUGGAGCCUGACGAAGCCCAGACCGUCCUGGCUGAAACUCACGAGGGGAUCUGCGGCGAACACAUUGGCGGGCGGACCCUGGCGCACAAGAUACUUCGCCAAGGCUACUACUGGCCAACCAUGUGUCGAGACGCAAAAGCUUACGUGCAGCGGUGCAGCCCGUGCCAGCAACACGCCCGCGCGCCCCGACAACCUGCGGUCCCCCUCAGUCCCAUCGACUGCGCAUGGCCGUUCGCCCAGUGGGGACUGGACCUCCUCGGCCCCUUUCCACCGGCCUCUGGACAGCGGAAGUAUAUAAUCGUGGGAGUAGAUUACUUCACGAAGUGGGUCGAGUACGAGCCGCUGGCUACGACGACGGAACACCAAAUGGAGAAAUUCGUUUGGAAAAACCUUGUGACCCGGUUCGGGUUGCCUAGAGCCAUCGUCACCGACAACGGACCACAGUUCGCCGGCACGAGGUUCCAGGAGUUCUGCGCCGGUCAUGACAUUCAGCUGAGGUUCAGUUCGGUAGCCCAUCCUCAGACGAACGGGUUGGCCGAGGUGACCAACCGAUCCAUCCUGGAUGGCCUCAGAAAAAGAGUAUCCGCGGCCCGAUCGACCUGGGCGGACGAGCUCCCUAGCGUGCUAUGGUCGCUGCGCACCACCCCCAAGGCCGCGACCGGAGAAUCCCCCUAUAGCUUGGCUUUCGGAACUGAGGCCGUCCUACCGCCCGAGAUGACUGUCGCCACGCUUCGAACGAGGAACUAUGACCAGGAGGCCUCGAACCAGGGACUUCGCGCCAACCUCGACGUACUCGAGGAGCGACGUACUGACGCGCACCUGAAAGCCCUCUCUUACCAGAGAGCCGUCGCAAGGGUCUAUAACAGAAGGGUGCGACCCAGGUCAGUCAGGUUAGGCGAUCUAGUCCUACGAAGAGCCGAAGUCAGCGACCCAACUCGGGCGAGGGGGAAGCUGGCUCCCAAGUGGGAGGGACCUUACCGGGUUACCGGCGUGGUUCGACCAGGUACUUAUCGACUCACCACGAUGGACGGUUCCUCUGUGCCGAGGACAUGGAACGUCCAGAACCUUAAGAAGUUCUUCGUCUGA